UGCCGAGGACCCACCCAGCCAAUCAGAAUGCUGCGCACCUACGGCUCCACCAUCCCCCAACCCCCACAGCCCACGAGGUGGAACCUUCCAGUCUCAGACUGUUUUCCCCUGCGGGGCCAAUGCGGCACCGCCCCACGCUCCUGCUCCAUGCCGCGCCCUGAUUGGCCCAGAGAGGCGGGCUGUGUGCGCAGGCGCCCUCCUCGGUUUCUAAGGCGGGAGCCCGGCGAGGGCGCUGGUGGCUUGUGCUGUGUCAGGCCCACGUCGAGGCCUGACCGCGCUUGCCAUGCCGAACCGCAGGGCCAGCCGCAAUGCUUACUACUUCUUCGUGCAGGAGAAGAUCCCCGAACUACGGCGGCGAGGCCUGCCGGUGACUCGCGUAGCCGACGCCAUCCCCUACUGCUCGGCUGACUGGGCGCUCCUGAGGGAGGAAGAAAAGGAGAAAUACACAGAAAUGGCUCGAGAGUGGAGGGCCGCCCAGGGAAGAGACUCCGGGCCUUCUGAGAAGCAGAAACCUGUUUCCACACCACUGCGGAGGCCAGAUAUGCUUGUACCAAAGCAGAAUGAUUCACCCCCAGAUAUGUCAAGUUUGUCUCUUGAAAGUGAUCAAGCUCUCCUUGGAGAAGGAAUUUUUUAUUUUUUGAACAUUUUUAGCCAUGGUGAACUGCCUCCUCAUUGUGAACAGCGCUUCCUCCCUUGUGAAAUUGGCUGUGUUAAAUAUUCUCUCCAAGAAGGUAUUAUGGCAGAUUUCCACAGCUUUAUAAAUCCUGGUGAAAUUCCACGAGGAUUUCGGUUUCAUUGUCAGGCUGCAAGUGAUUCUAGUCACAAGAUUCCUAUUUCAAACUUUGAAUUUGGGCAUGACCAAGCAACUGUGUUACAAAACCUUUAUAAGUUUAUUCAUCCAUACCCAGGAAAAUGGCCACCUAUUUACUGCAAGUCUGAUGAUAGAGCCAGAGUCAACUGGUGUUUGAAGCAUAUGGAGAAGGCUUCAGAAAUCAGGCAAGAUCUACAACUUUUCACUGUAGAAGAUCUCAUAGUGGGGAUCUACCAGGAAAAAUUUCUCAAGGAACCCUCUAAGACCUGGGUUCGAAGCUUCCUAGAUGUGGCCAUGUGGGAUUAUUCUAGCAACACAAGGUGCAAGUGGCAUGAAGAAAAUGAUAUUCUCUUCUGUGCUUUAGCUGUCUGUAAGAAGAUCUCGUACUGCAUCAGUAAUUCUCUGGCCACUCUCUUUGGAAUCCAGCUCACAGAGGCUCAUGUACCACUACAAGAUUAUAAGGCCAGCAAUAGUGUGACACCCAAAAUGGUCAUAUUGGAUGCCAGGCGUUACCAGAAGCUAAGGGUCGAAAGUCCAGGAUUCUCUCAUUUCACCUCUUACAAUCAGGAACAAAGAUCAAACACAUCCAUUGGUGACAACCCAUCUGGGGUGAAAGUUUUUGGCCAAAACAGCAGUGUACGGGGAAGAGGGAUUACCCGCUUACUAGAGAGCAUCUCCAGUUCCUCCAGCAAUAUCCAUAAAUUCUCCAACUGUGAGGCUUCACUCUCCCCUUACAUGUCCCAGAAACAUGAGAACAAAUCAUUCUCUUCCUUAUCUUAAUGAUGGUACUUUUUUCAAUUUCUGGAAAAAUAAGAGACCCAACUUCCCUUCUGACUACAGUCAUAAUAAACAAAUCACAUCAAUGAUAAAUGUCACUAUUAUUAAAGAAACUACUUAAUUUGCAUGGAAAUUCUGUUUCAAAUAUAACAAAUAAUUGCGGUUGGAGAACAUCUUGGCAUUUUUGCUUUUUUUCUUAAGGGAUUGUUCUAUUUCCUGACUGUAUGGUGUGUAUGCUAUUAAAGUUUUGAGUCCUAUAAGAACAAAACUAGCAUUUUCAGAGUUGUGUUUUUGGGAAUGUUAUAAAUUGAUCAUUCUUCUGACAAUAAAGGUAUUGAAUAUCUGUUAUAAAAGGUUCUAAA